CUGGGAAACUGCACAUGCCGUGAGAGCAGCCCAAGAAGUGGCAAAAAGACCAAAAAAAAAAAAAAAAUUAUCUGUCAUUGACAGUAUUUAUCACAACUAAACAUAAUUAAACUCAUAGGCCCAACUUUUAAUGGUUGUGUAAUGUGAACAUUAUAUUUUUACAGUGUGUGUUGGGAUUAGUUGCUGUGUGUGAUUGUUAAAUCUGGACAAAGAAAUAAUUUGACAUGGUAGAAUUCUGAUUAUGUGUUUAGAUGUAUGCAUUCCUACUAUUGUUGCCACUGAGCCACUUGUGUAAAUGAAAAAAUUAUAAUGCACUACUUUAUGAUUAUAUAAGUGUAUAAAGAAUGUUCAGGAAUAAUAAUAGUCACAUCUUGUGGCAUAUGUCUACAUUAUUAACAUGAUUUUGAUAGCAGAUCUCUUUUUUUCUCUUAGAAUUGUCCUAAAAACUUCUGUAUAUGUUACUGGAAACAACUUUUAUUUGUCCUUCUCAUGCUUAUUAUAUAUAUAUAUAUAUAUAUAUAUGUUUUUCACUAAUAAAGUAUGUUUUAGAGGUUGAAAAUAAUAAUAUUGGUAAUCUCAAUAGAGAAAAAAUUGUCUUCUCUAGGGCCCAUCCUAACAAGUUGAGUCAUUUUAUACAAGAUGAUAAAGAUAACCCGGAAGGAAAGUUUCCCUAGAUAUAUCAAUCUUUUUUGCUAAAGAAAUAAACUAUAUCUGGUCUAAAACUAUUAGUACAAAAUGUUCUUCUUUUAAGAGGACAACUAUGGAAAAUACACUUUCUCAAAGUUAAUCCAGCUCUUCAAUUUGUUAGCUGUACAAACCCGAACAAUAGAACUGUCUCACGUAAUACACGCCCAGGGUUGUGAAUAUUCACCUAGAGUUAAUAUUUCUGUAAUUACAGGCUAGUCUUACAUUUGAGUAUCCUUGUGAUGGGGAAAUGUGAGUCUGUUGACUUUCUGUCAACAAUUCUGAGAUUCAUAGUGUUUGAGAUUUACCAAAUUCUCAGUCCGCAUCUCUUGGACUGCCCCGAUCUCAAAUUGUUCAUGUUUUCAGUCUCUAUUUAUGACAAAGAAUAGAAUGGUAAAUGGAAAGGAUUAGAAGUUGCUGAAGAGAAAUUUCACUGGUCCAAAUUUUUCCCUUACAAUAUUUUUUUCUGAAUUUUUACUAAGUUACAUAUUCUUACUUGUUUACUUAAUUUAAAAACUACUUAUUUACAUAUUUUCCAUCAUCGUUUAACUGUUCCCUCAAACUCACUCUUCUAUCUCUAAAAACUCUUUUUACCACUCUAGGUUUCCAUAAAUCUUUGUCCUUUUCUUUCUCUUCUCCACCUUUUACGCCUCCUACAACUUCUAGAGCACAUGUUUAUAUCUUUCCAUCUCCUCCAAUACCCUGUAUCCUCAUUUUCACUUAUUUGUACCUGGUCUACUCUCCGAACCACAAUAUGCAGAGGAAAACCCCAAUUUCUUUUUACACAGACUGAAAUUCUCAGACUAUUUCUGAUGAUUUUGUUUUGGCUCCAAAAUGGGAAGUGUGAGGAUGUCAAGGAGAUUGAAAGAAAGGAAAUAUUAAUAAGGUUAAACAAAUAAAUAUAUUCCAAAAGCCUCAUAUUCACUUAUCUGAAAUUAGAUCUCAUUAGUAGUCAAAGUAAAUGACACAAGAAUCAGACAUUUGAAUUUGAUUAAUUGAGUGAAAUGGUAUAGCUAUUUUAGCCCCAUUUCUCAAUGAUGGCUAGGACUGUGUAUGAAUGUGUGCAUGUGUGUGUUUACGUUAACUACAAAACAUGCACUGAAGUGUUUAAAAUGACAGGUAUCAUUUAAUUUUUAUUAAGCAAAUCUCUUAAAAAGGAAAUGGCAUUCAUAUGAAGUCUUACAAUAAAAUCGAGUGGUCAUAGCAUUUUCUAUGCUUUAAAAUUCACUUUAAUAUUUACUACAAUCAUAUAUGUUAUUCUGUGUUUGAAUUGCAAAUUAAGAUUGAAUUACCUGUUCAGAGCCUCUGGAAAUGCAGAUUAUUGUUCUUCCUGGCGUAACCACCGUUAAAACAUGAAUGAGCACAGUGUAUUCUAUCUGAAAUAUAAUUUUGCUAACUUUACCUUAAACACUAGUUACCACUGUUUUUUUCCAUUGGAAUUAUCACAUUCUUUCUUUAUCUUUUUUUUUUUUUUUUUUGGUCCGCUUUUUUUCUUUCUUUCUUUUUUUUUUUUUUUCCUAUGUAGACCUGGAAAAGUAGAAGACAGUAAUGGGAAACCAUACAAGAGUGACAGUAUUUAUUCUGGCAGGUUUGACUGAUGACCCACAAAUGAAAGUUGUACUAUUUAUCUUCCUCCUUCUCACCUACUUGCUAAGCAUCACUGGCAAUUUGACCAUCAUUACACUCACCCUGGUGGAUCCUCACCUCAAGACCCCCAUGUAUUUUUUCCUUCGGAACUUUUCCUUCUUAGAAAUUUCCUUUACUAGUACAUGCAUCCCUAAUUUCCUGGUUAUGAUGGCAACUGGGGACAAAACCAUUUCCUAUAGCAGAUGUGCUGCUCAGGUAUUUUUUGUCUUCCUUCUUGGAGCAUCUGAAUUUUACUUGCUGGCAGCAAUGUCCUAUGACCGCUAUGUUGCUAUCUGUAAGCCCCUGCAUUACACAACCAUCAUGAACAGUAAGAUCUGCAUUCAGCUUGUCCUCAGUUGUUGGAUUGCUGGGUUCUUUACCAUCUUUGUACCUCUCCUCUUAGGCCUGCAGCUUGAUUUCUGUGACUCCAACAUAGUUGAUCAUUUCUACUGUGACACAACUGCCCUCAUGCAGAUCUCCUGCUCGGACACACAUCUCAUUGAGACGGUGGGAUUCAUAUCUGCUUCAGUGACUCUUGUGGUCACGCUGGUAAUGGUGAUAAUAUCAUAUACCUAUAUUGCAUUAACAAUUCUAAAACUCCCAUCAAGUAAUCAAAGGAAAAAAGCUUUCUCAACGUGUUCGUCUCACAUGAUUGUGAUAUCCCUUUCUUAUGGCAGCUGCAUCUUCAUGUAUGCUAAGCCUUCAGUCAAACAAAGAGUAUCUUUUUCCAAGGGAAUCGCAGUGCUCAAUACCUCUGUUGCACCACUGUUGAAUCCUUUUAUCUACAGCUUACGGAACGAACAAGUGAAAAAAGCCUUUAUGAAUAUGACACACAGGGCUGUUUCUUUUUCAAAAAAAUGAAUGUUUGUUCUCUGUGUAAAGGAAAUGAAUAAAGGAGCCUAUGAUAACAUCAGUGUAUCCAACUGUAGCUUCCAAUAUAUAUAUUUCCUCCUUUUUUUUUCAUUAGUCAUUCUCUCUCUCAAGCUUUAUUUUCACAAAAAAUUUUGUUUCAGUGAAGAAAAUUUUCUUUGUAUUCUUCAAUAGAGAUUUUUUUGCUCAUUUCUUUUCCUUUAAUAUAUGGAAAAAGUUGACCUAAGUUUUUCAAACCAUCUUUAUGUCUAAUAUUUCUAGUCAGUCAAGAAGAUAAAGUAUUUUUCAUUUAAAUUAUAUUGAAUGUAGCAUAAUUUAUUGUAAACAUAAAUUCCAUACUUUAUUUGUAUUUACUUAUGACAUUCUUUAAGCUAAUAUUCAUUUAUAUCUUUUUUGCAAUACUAGCAAUGCAUUGGUGCAUACACUAUUUAAUGAAAUGAAAGGAUAUAUAGUAAUGAUUUGUUUUUAGCGUUGAUGCUCAAAUUAGAAAAUAUUUGUUUAUUGAUCAUUGUUUUAAAAUACUUUCCACAGAAACUUGUUUUUUAGUUUUUAUUUGAGAAUUAUUAGCAUUUAUAAGCAUUUGAAUUGUAGAUUAAAAAGUGUAGCUUAUUUUUGAAAAGUUAAUGAAAUAUUGUGGCUAUUUGGUUUUUCCAUACACCAACAUUUCCCUUCAAUAACUUGGGGUACUUCUGAAGCUCACUUAAGGUUAAAUAAACAAUGCUUAUCAAUGUCUUUAUUCUCUUCAGAUGGACAUACACAGAGAUACAUAAUUAUAUAGCUAUAUGUCUUAUCAUGGAAACCUAAGUGAUAGAAUAAACUAAAGCUUUUUUUAAGGAUUUUUGAACUGGAAGUCAUUAAGUGGAUAUUUGGGGAACCCAAAUCAAUUUCUAUGCCAUGACCAAAAUAUGAAAAUCUGAAAUAUAGUAAAAAAAUGCUUUCAGAGGUACACAUCAUUUUCAUGAUUUUUCCCCCCCAAAACUGUGUGUGCUUUAGGUCAUAAUUUUCUUUUUCAUUUCCUUUCAUUUUUAACUAUGGAUCUUGGUUUGAAAAAAAACUGGAAAACACUAAAAGAGUAAAAUGAUAUAUAACCGGGGGGGGGGCAGUAUAUACAGUAUAUAAGUAACAGGACAAAUUUAUAAGUUUCUGUAUAAUUAUAAUUAAUGAACUGGAUUUUAAAAGAUAUGUAAUGGAUAAGAAUACUAUUUCAGGAAAAUGUUCAAAAUUCAUCACAUUUUCCUUCAUCUCUUAUAUGUCUACUUUUUCCAUUCUGAGAAAAUACACAUAAUGACCCUAGAUCUAGCUUUAGAAAUUUUAGGAGCACAGAAUUUGAAAAAAAAUACACAAAACAUAUUGAUACAAACUUAUGUAAGUAAAACGUAAGAAUCUGUCAAUCUUUUUUUUAGUGUUGAUUGUUAUGUGUGAACCAGGGUGAAUUUGCUUAGAAAACAUACUGUUAAACCCCUAAUUUAUCAUGGAGCUAUUCUGAAAUGCUUUACUUAUACCUUUGUUUUUUUUUUUUUUUUUUUUUUUUGU